GGUCCCUGUCAACUUUAAAAGCAGAUGAUCCGGAGAGCGGCGGGUACCACUCUGCGCUCCCCCGGGUCCAACCUGAAGGUGCCAUCCGUCUGCUCCAAGCCAAGCCGCAGUAUGUCCAAAGCGAGAGAUUUCAGCAGCCAGUCCUACUCCCCCGGCAACACGGCACCGGCCAAGAGCUCCCCGGUCGACCCGCCGAGCAAAUCCAGGGAGAAGGACAACAUGGUGGGACUCAACGACAAGUUCGUCAGCUUGAUUAACAAGGUGAAACACCUGGAGGAUGAGAACAAAAAGCUCCUCACUAAGCGGGACAUCCUCAUGGACCAGGGCCACUAUGAGGGAAAAGUUGACGACAUCGUCAGGCAUCUGAAGAACGAGAAGGAGGAGCAGAUUUACAACUUGCUCCGCGACCAAGAAGCCCUUAAGUCAGAGCUGCUCGAGAACCAGGAGGAGGUGGACAACACCAAGAAGAGGUUGGAGGAGGAGGUAGCGAUUAAAGCUGACCUGGAGAAUGACUUUGUCAUCCACAAAAAGGCAGUUGAUGAAGGACACUUGGAUUCAGUGGACCUGGCUCUGGAGCUGGAGGACCUGAUGGGGAAACUGGACUUCCUCAGGGACGGCUUUGAUGAGGAAAUCAAGGAGCUGGAGUCGCUCAUCCACAAUGAGAACGUGGUCCUCACCGACAACAGAAACCGGGGUCUGGACAUGGACGACAUCAUCGCCGGGGUCGAGAAUCAGUACGCCAACAUGGCCAUCCGCACCAGGGCCGAAGCCGAGAAGUGGAACCAGAAGAAGAUGGACACCAUGGUCUUAACGGCGGGACAGCGCGAGAAGGACGUGCGUGAUUUGAAAAGGGAGAUCUCGGACUUGGUCCGCCUUAUCCAGAGGCUCAACGGUGACCUUGAGGCCCUCCAGAGAAAGGAACAGUCCCUGCAGAUGGACGCCGACGACAUGAGGAAAGAGGGAGACUCAAACCUGGAGAGGGCUCAUGCUGACAUUGGCCGGCUGCGGGAGGCCUUGCGGCGGGACAAGGAAGACCUGGGCCUACAGAUCCGCGAGCACCAGGAGCUGAUGAACCUGAAGCUGGCCCUGGACAUCGAGAUCGCCACCUACCGCAAGCUGCUGGAGGGCGAGGAGCAGAGAAUGAACUACAGGAUGCGCAACGCAGAUUUCUAAAAACAAACAAACCAAUCCCAGUGCUUACUUGCAUUCAGAAGUCCACCUGCCAGAGAAGCCUCAAGCCCCAGAACCCCCCGCUGACCCGGCGGACAGCCCCCUUUUCAAGAAAUUCCUGCUGAUCCGGGUGAAUGUGGAGAAAGGCAGAGUCGUGUCAGAAAGCUCCCAUUACUCUGAAGGUUGAGCGGCAGUGUCCAUCGCCCCUCUGCCUGCAGCGCCACAGCAGAUCCGCAGAGAAAUGUGAAACAUAUAAUGUGAAACAAAUAAUGUAAUAAACGUCCCUGGCAUCAUUAUGUCUUUAAAUGCAUCAUCGUGACUCUACCUCUCGAGCUUCUUGGCAGGUGCGGCAGUUUUCCUCAAAUCAAUGAAGCUUGAAAUUGGAGCUGUUUGUUGAUGUCAAGCUGUGUUUCAAAAUAAAUCUUCUCUUAUCUUGCUUUAUCUCUGCAAAGA